AUGUUUCCGAAUGCCUCUCUGCCCACCCACACACUCAACCCUCCUAAGGAUGACCAGGCAACUGUUGUGAACAACUUGGACAAUCUCAGCAUCAUUUUCUACAUGCUGACCAUUGUGUUCGGCGUCACGGGGAACUCGGUGGUCAUCUGGGUGGCAGGAUUCAAAAUUAAGCCAACAGUCACCAGUGUGUGGCUGGUGAAUUUGGCCAUAGCAGACCUGAUCUUCUGCUUCACACGAGUAUUGUCUCUCACUAAGAUGUUCUUGUUUGAGCACUGGCCUUUUGGCCUCUUCCUCUGCAAGUUCAACGGCUUCUUCAAAUACGCCAACAUGUUCUGCUCUGUUUUUUUACUGGCUGUCAUCAGUCUGGAUCGAAUGGUCUGCAUCUGGUACCCAGUCUUCACAAAGCGUCGACGCACCCUGUGGGCAGCGAGGGUGGUGGCAGUCCUCAUCUGGACUGCAGCGAUCCUCUUCAGCAUUCCCUACUUCAUCCACCGCAAAAUCUACACGUACAAGAACAAUCUGACUAAGUGCUCUGUAAACCAAAUAAAUAAGGAAGCAAAUUACAACAGCACCAAAGUUGCUCUCUACUCCAUUCGCUUCUUGUGCGGCUUCAUAAUUCCCUUCAUAGUCAUUCUCGUCUGUUACACCCUGGCUGGGUUGGGCAUCCGACGCACCCGCCUAUCAGGGAAGUCCCGCCCCCUGCGUAUACUAGCAAGUUUAGUCAUUGCCUUCUUCCUGUGCUGGGCACCUUACCACUGCCUCCAAAUGGUGAAAAUGGUGGACAAUAACAAUGCAGUGGUGAAAAUCUGGUUUCCUGUAGCAAUAUGUGUUGCCUACUUUAACAGCUGCAUGAACCCACUGUUGUACUUCUUCAUGGGACUAAAAGUUAGGGAGGGGUUUAGACUCUCUCUAACGAGAGUUUAUAGAAGGGCUCUGGCAGAGGAUACAGGUGGCCAGAUUACUCAGUCCACUGAUCACUCUUUGGAUUAAAG